UUGGCAGAGGGAGGCUCGUACUUCCUGGACACGUCACCCUAGCAGCGGCGCACACGGAGCCGGUGUGUGUGAGAGAGCAGCUGCAGGCCACCGAGGCGACUGGAUUUCACUGUUUUCACCAACAUGGAGACUUUAUACGGCUUGCCCUUCGCUGUGCUUGAAUGUCCCAACAUCAAGCUGAAGAAGCCGUCGUGGCUGCACAUGCCGUCGGCUAUGACGGUGUACGCCAUCGUCAUUGUGUCCUACUUUCUCAUCACUGGAGGCAUCAUAUACGAUGUGAUUGUGGAGCCUCCCAGUGUGGGCUCAAUGACUGAUGAGCAUGGGCACCAGCGGCCUGUCGCCUUCCUGGCAUACAGAGUAAAUGGCCAGUACAUUAUGGAAGGGCUUGCCUCCAGUUUCCUCUUCACGAUGGGAGGCCUGGGCUUUAUAAUCCUGGAUCGCUCCAACGCGCCAAACAUUCCCAAGCUCAAUCGCUUCCUGCUGCUGUUCAUCGGCUUCGUCAGCGUGCUGCUCAGCUUCUUCAUGGCCAGAGUGUUCAUGCGCAUGAAACUGCCAGGAUACCUCAUGGGUUAAAGGCAUGGACGACACACAUCAACGGACGCAGAUUAAUUUUGGAUGGGCAAAGGACUGUAAAAAUUACUGAAUUUAUUAUACAAGGGUCCAACAUGCAGUUACACUCAAAUUUGGUGUGGACUCGAGCUUCUGUGAAAUCAGCAACUCUUACACGAUUGAAAGCACUGACCUUGAUAAAGAAAUUCGACUUGUCCGUUAUGGCAGCCUCACAGUGUGCAGUGCCUCCCUCCCCGAGUCUCCUCUCUACAUUAACUUUAAUAAAUAAAUGGAACAGCAGAGAAUUUUAAGCAGGUUUUCGACGCAGUUGUCUUUCUACUUUUGCUUUUUACUUUAACAUAAUCCGUUAUAUCAAUACAUAAUCCGAACACUAAGUAUUAUCCAAUUACUGAAGGCUGAUGCAAGUCUCGAAUCGUGUUGUAAACAUCACUAUUAGUUUAAAAACAUCAUAGUCUAUCUUUGAACAAAAUUCUUUUCAAAAAGAGUAAAAUAUCCAGUCAUGUUCAGUAUUUUGAUGCUGGUGCUUUGACUAUUCUACUAUUUUGAUUGUCACUUUGUUGAAACAAGUUGUUAGGUGCUACAAAGCGGGGCAACUCUGUCAAACAAACAUUAGAGAGGAGAGAUGGGAAGGAAGUGACUGCACACUGUUGAGAUGGAGCCACUGAUGUUCAACCAGAGGAGGCGCUCUGAGUUAUUCCAUGAUAUUUUGAACUGGCAGUACAUUCGGGGAUGGGGUUUAGGGAGAACUAUGGGCACUGUGUUUGUUGUAUUUUGUAAAGAAAUCUUUAAAAAUGCCUUGAACCUGUCACAGCGUUUUUGUAUGAGGGUGUGAAAUAAAUGUUCUUUCCAGAG